AUGAAGUUGUCGCAAUACCAGCGAGCAGCGCAGAUCCUGCUCUAUCUUGCAAUACCAGUCGCAUCUCAUGAUACAAACGGAAGGCCAGGUCACGGACUCAUAGGCUAUGGCAUCUCCAUGUACAAGCCUGUCUGUGCUUAUGCGUGUCGUGCCUCGAUUACAAACCCGCUGAAUUGCGGCACGGCAGUAGAGCACGAGAUAGACACAGAUAUGUCCCGGACGACAAUGAAUACUCCGAGCCCGUCGUGCUAUGCAAACAACGAUCCCUUUCUGCAAACACUGGCCUACUGCAUGCACACUCACUGUACUGAUGUAUCGGUCUCGGUUCUGGAGCAUUACUGGGAGUUGAAUGUGGCUGGUAGACAGCAACAUCAACCGAGCCCGAAAGAGUCGUAUCAGGAAGCUCUUGAAAGCCUUGCCAGACCACCGACUAUAAUCCUUAACACAUCCGCGGUUCUGGAUAUUGCUUCUUUGGUCGAGGAAGAGACGUAUUUGAGUAAUUACAAUACUCUCUGGGCGUUCGAGGCUGUCGAGACGUCCCAUGAGCGAUACGGCACCUGGUUCGCGUCCACGCACGACGAAAUCCUCACUUACGUGGCAAAUCGCAUCGGCGUGCUCAGCUUUGCGAAUAUUCCCUUACUGGUGCUAUACACCGGUCGGAACAACUUUCUCCUCUGGCUGACUGACUGGUCACAUUCAACCUUCCUCUUGCUCCAUCGCUGGCUGGCGUUCAUCUGCACUCUCGAAACUUGUCUGCACUCGGCCAUAUAUCUGCAGAUUGCCGUCGCCAACAGUGAGCACAGUACCGAGAGUAAGCAGCCAUUCUGGAUCUGGGGUGUCGUCGCCACUUUGGCGAUGGCCAUCAUGAUCCCAUCAUCAACAUGGCCAAUCCGGAAGCGGUGCUACGAGCUAUUCCUCGCUUGGCACAUCGUCCUGUCCUUUCUGGCUCUUCUUGCGUGCUACUGGCAUAUUUGGUACAGGUAUGGACAUCAGUGGGGCUAUGAAACCUGGAUCUAUGUGGCGUUCGGUAUCUGGGCCUUUGAGCGGGUAUUUCGGGUCCUGAGGCUGGCGCGGAAUGGCAUUCAGAAGGCUCAUGUCACCGUCUUGGAUGAUGAGUAUAUUAAAGUCGAGGUUCCAGGUGUACAUGCACAGGGCCAUGUAUAUCUCUACUUUCCCACUCUGACGUGGCGGGUCUGGGAAAACCACCCCUUCUCCGCGAUUGCCAGUUUCCGACGCGACAGCAUGGAGAGGAAGAUCGACGUCGUGUCGCAGGAUGUCAAGAAUGAAUAUCUGUCGAAGAACAGUGCUUCGGUGACGACGUUUCUUGAUGCGGACAAGCCGCCUUCUACGUCCUCGGCGCAGGACCUGGCCACCGGACCUUACCAACCAUGCCUCACGUUCUUCGUACGCACCCUGUCGGGAACAACGCGACAACUACGUGCGCGGGCUCAACUCCCGGUUUUAGUGGAAGGAUCCUAUCCCCCAUCACCCCUGAUCAGUCAUCACUGGAGCAGUCAUCCCAAUGUCAUUGCCAUUGCUGGCGGAGUUGGGAUCACAGCGCUGGUUCCAGAUCUGUGCAGCCACCGCGGAGGACACACGCUAUUCUGGGCUUCCCGCAGCAAAGCAUUGAUUGAGUCGGCCCGAGAGACGGUGGGGGACGCACUGUGGCAUGAUAUGAACGUGAGGAUCUACCAUGACCAGCGAAUGGAUAUCCCCACGCUCUUAACAGAAGAGGUCCAGAAGUAUCAGGGUGCGCCGGUUUGUGUUGUUGUCAGUGGGCCGGCGAGGAUGGCGGAUGAGGUUCGACAUGUUGUUUCGGAGAUGGUUAGACAGAAUCCGGCUUUGCUUGUUUCUUUUGUAGAGGAAUCUUUUACGUGGUAG